AUGUCUACAGUUCCUGCCGCAGUUGAUACCGUCGAUUCGAGUGUGAUUCGUGGUGAUGUCGCUGCUUCCAUCGUACCCAAGGGAAGCGCAACGAGCACUGAGGAGGAUGCAACCUACAAAAAGAUAUUUAACGCUGGUGAAGGUGUCGAAAAUAGCAACGACUUCUUCAACAGCACGCUAAUUUGCAAAAGAUCCACUGAGGGUCGUCCUAAAAGGGCGAACGUAAGUGGCAAGUUUUCAUCGUCGUGCUCCUCCCUGAUUGGGGUCGGUGUCAGUGACGAUGAUUACAAGGGUGGCCUGUUGUCCUCGCUGGAUGAAUCAGGCUCGGGUCCAUCGUCCAUCACCAACCGUCCAAGUGACUCGAGCCGCGGCUUCCAGAACACGUUCACCGUGCUCGAGCGGCACCUGCAGAGCAAGCAUUUCCAAUUGCGCCAGCUGCGGCGAUUCCUACAGUACAACGAGUCGAGCAAGACGCCAGUAUUUUGCAAUACGCCGCCAUCCUUACACGAUAGUUCAAACUACUUAAGAAGUAUUAGCGAGGAAAGUGGUACCUCCAGCACCGAUGCUAGUGCCUUCGAUUGUGACGAUGCGACACCGCAGGCGACGAGCUCUCCAAGGAGGUCUUCUGGUUCCCGCAUGGCAUCCAUGUUUUGUCGCAACACAAAUGAGGACGAAGAGCAAGACCGACCGAGUUUUCUGGAGCUGGAACUGGAAGCCUCGGAUCGAUUACGAAGACUCCGGGAACGGUUAGGCGGCAGUGUGCCGGACCUUCUCGGAUCAGGAGAUGCUGUAGAAUCGCCGCUCACUAAAGCGCUUUACGGAAUCAGCUUGGAGUCACUGCUGAAAAACAACACCGAUCGUGUGCAUCCUGAUCCUUCGGUUUUUAUCGAUGAAGAAGACGACAAACGCAGCCAGUCGGGAGAGUAUCCGGACUAUCCGUAUUAUGUAGCGAGGGGAUCGAACGGGUUACCCUACUUAAAAGUGGUACGCAGCACCUCCGGCGCGAAGGCGAACGAUAAAGUCCUAUGUGGUAAUCGAGUAAGCCAAAUGACCCGCGCGUACGAUGAUAUCGAUGCUGUAACGCGCCUGCUGGAAGAGAAGGAAAAGGACCUCGAGCUAACGGUCCAGAUCGGUAAGGAGCUUUUGGCACAAAAUACGCAACUUGAGAACCGGGUCACCGAGCUGGAACAGGAGCUAAAAACUACGAACGAAAACCGGGCGCAGCUCUCACACGAGCUGCAUCAAAAGAUCGAGCUGAUCGGAAUACUAACCAACGAUGCCGACGACAGUAGUGAGAAUGUCACGCCGACGGCAUCGAAAUCGAUCAACCUGGAGCUGCUGCAGCGCAAGGUCAAGCAGUUGGAGGACGAAAACAAAUCCCUGCGUACCGAGACAGCCCAGCUGGUGAAGGAAACGGACGAGUGCGAGGAGCAGGAACGCAAGCUGAUGGCGGAGUUUGCUAGCCAGCUUACGAAUGCCAAUUCCGAGUACGAUGGAUUGAAUUUAGAGCUGGAACGACUGAAGGAGGAGAACCGUUUGCAACAUGAGCAGAUCAUCAGCCUGACAGGUCGCCUCGCUGAGGCCGAAAUACGGUUGCACCAGCUAACAUCCGAGAACGAGGAGGCAUCCUCGCUGCUGAGCAUCACCAAAGAAAACCAGAACCUACUAGCAGGCGAGCUGGCAGAGUUUAAGCUGCGCUACCAGGAGGUGCUAAAUUUGCUACAGGAAACACAAGAGCAAUUACGCCGCCAGCGGAAACGCUCGCAGCCACUCGCGCGCAGUUCCCUCAUUCCCGGCAACCCAGGAUUGGCGGCAGCACCCGAUUCGCUGCAGUCGGAGCUGAUGGAAACGUCGCUGUAUUCGGAACAUAGUCUCGAUUCGGGUAUCGAUUCCGUGCGCGGAGGACUUGGCGGAGGAUCAUUGCUGGGCGGGAUGCUGUCUUCAACUGGCGUACAGCAACAGGUGCCCGGCUACCGGAAAGUCUUCGAGACAGUUCGCUCGGCUAGCCGUGCAAACCCGAACGGCUUUAGUGACAGCUUCUCGCAGCUAGGAUCAAUGACGAUGAGCUCUUCCUCGCAACCGCGCAUGGCCCCUUUCGUGUAUCCGGGGAUUGGUGGCGGUAUUGGCAUAAAUGCAAACGCUGGCAUCACGACAAUGACCCAUUCGUACAAGAGUGGAUCGUCUGUGUACAGCACAAUGUACGAUAGCUCGCUCGGUGGUCGAUCGUACUCGCGUGAAAGCCUCACCACCGAAUCCGAAGAUGGCUACCCUGGGCCAGCACAGACUGGUAUCCCGGGUGCCCCAGGUGCUAAGGAUCUAGAGGCGGCCCUCAAACGCCUCACACCGGCGGAAGUGCUUGCAAGGCGCGCUAUGUUGCAGCAUGCGCCUCUAGGAACGUACAGUUACGACGAGCAACCAUCGGGAAUGCCGCUCGGAUGCCGUACACCGGACAGUAUUAUGUCGACCGGUUCAUCGGGACUGUCCGGACUUUCGUCUUCUGCCACCGGCGGUAGCAGCAGUGCCAACCAGUGGCGUCUUCCUGAGAAGCUGCAGAUCGUCAAACCAAUCGAGGGCUCCCAAACCCUGCAUCACUGGUCGCGGCUGGCCACACCGACCCUGAGUGGGUUGCUUGAGGAGCGGCCUGGCGUCACGAUACGAGGUGGUCGCGGUCUGGAUGAACUGGGCCUGCAAACGUACUCGCUAUCCGAUGUCGAGGAGGACGAAGAUACCGAAGAUCACCCAGGCAAGCGUUUCCAGUCGUUUGGCUGCACAUACACGUACACCAACAGCACAGUGCUGCAUCCGGACGAUGGAACGACAGCUGUAACGUUUAGCCUGCCUCCGUCGCAAAUGUCCUCGCAGAUGGCUUCGGAGUGCCCAUCGCGACAACCAACAGCUCCAUCGACACCCCGUUCGAGCCUAUCGCGUCGUAAUUCCUGCUCUACGUUCAGCGUCAAUAUGGGCCUUGCGUCGAUGCUGAACGAGCGUGGCAUUAAAGCCGUAACCCCCAGUGCACUUAAUACGCCCGCCGGGCCUAACUUCUCGCCCACGGUCACACCCUGCAAUAGCCCAGACGGAUCGCCGACUCGUUCUAUGUCUCCAGAGCCACCGCUUCUAUCCGGUCUACUAGCAUCGGGUGCCGACAUCUUGCGCAAGCGUUUCGCGGCUUCGACUAGCGGCACCAAUAAUAGCGCCUCGACCAGCCAAGGUCCCGAUCAAGCCGAUCGUCCCUCGAGAAUGAUAUCCCGCAACAAGGUCGCCCUCACGCGCCUAGAAAAGAAAGCCCUGCGUUCCAUUAAGAUCAUGGAGAAGGUGGAAAGUAUUGGCUUGGAGAAUAUUAUGCUGCCUCCACAGCACCCACCAGGAAUCAGCCCGCUCGCCCUGCACGGUACCUCGGCACUCUACACGGCUGCUGCGACCAAUCGAGGCCGUAGUCCUAUGGCACAACUAACCAGCUUAAAGCACCUGCAGGACCAGCGGCGCAGGCACCAGCAAGACGAAUUAGUGAUUGAUAAAGAGACCAUCAAGGCCGUACUGAGCAAGGGUCUGUCGCACGAUACUCUAAAGAGUAUGGCAUCAUCGUCGGAUGGCAGCAGUGGCAUCAGCACCGCCAUGUCCUCGGAUACGGAUAAUUCAUCUGUCGCGAGUUUCGAAUCAGAACCGCGUGUAACGGAAUCGUCCGCCAACUCGUCAACUCCAACGGCGUCUCCUUUAACAUCCGCACGGUUGAAGCAAAUGCAGCGACAAAAAUCUCGCCGCAAUUUGCUUAACGGUGCGAACGGAGGCUCGCAGCGUCCCGAUCUAGGUACGGUCAACGGUUCAAGUCGACCCAGCGUUCGACCAGAUCUCGGCACAGUUGCAAGCAAAUCCUCCAAGAUGAAUGGCGCUGGUAGCGCCAGCAGCGGCAAGGAUCAACGAAAGAAUCAACAAGGGACACCAUCGACGCCGGCAACACAAUCUACGCCGAAGGAAGAAAGCCGUUCGCUUGGCCAGAGCGUGUAUGGUACGAUAAGCUCACUGCUAUUUGGUCGCAAGGGUGGUUUGCUGUAA